AUGUCUGUGGCUACAAAGCUUCAAUCUUCGAUUUGUGAGCCCCGAGCUGUACUCGGUCCCGGCGGGAACAGAGUUAGGGUUUCAGAGGCCCCGAAACGCAAGAACGAGGGCUUGAAGAAGCCACCGCAGAGGCCGACAAAACCUGUAUCGGAAAUUCCAGAAGCGGUUGUACGGAACAACGUUUCGGUGGACAGCACCUGCUCUUCUGAUACCUCGUCGAGCUGUUCAUCUGCCAAAACGGUGAGUCCUAGAAGGACUGUAAGGCACAAGAGCUUGAGGCCUGCGAAGCUUGUUUCGGACGAUAUGGAGGUCGUCAAGCCCGCGGGUCCACCUAAACGGUGUGAAUGGAUUACACCGAACUCUGGUGGACCUCUUUACUGUGCAGAAUUGUUUGAUUGA